CGUGCUACAACACUGAUCAGCCGCACGAGGCCGGUGCUUUACUUACCAGUGACCUGGGAGAAUUAUUGACCUGCUCAGCAAUAAUCCGAGGGGACAUGGAAGGACUUAAUAAGGAGGAUCUCAGCAGACUUCUGAAGAAGAAAAAACAUGAAGGUUUGCCAGAGUCUUUCUAUCUCAAUUCAACAAAGGAUUGCAGUGCUUACAUCAAAGACAGGGGCUUUCUAACCGUAGCCCUCAGUGAAGAAGAGAGGGACUUUCCUAUUGCCUAUUCAAUGGUGAUCCAUGAGAAGAUCGAGAUGUUUGAGAGGCUCCUCAGAGCUGUGUACACACCACAGAAUGUGUACUGUGUGCAUGUGGACAAGAAGUCUCCAGAAAACUUCAUGAGGGCUGUGGAAGCCAUUGUUUCUUGUUUUCCAAAUGUGUUUGUGGCAAGCAAACAGGAGGUUGUUUAUGCCUCUUGGUCUCGAGUCCAAGCUGACCUGAACUGCAUGAAUGAUCUGAUGGACUCGACUGUCGAGUGGAAGUACCUUAUCAAUACCUGUGGAACUGACUUCCCCAUCAAAACCAACACAGAGAUGGUGCGAGCACUAAAAGUGCUAAAUGGACAGAACAGCCUAGAGUCUGAGGCAACUCCUGGGCACAAGAAAGCUCGCUGGGAAUACCACCAUAAUGUCACUGAGUCUGGUGUCAUUCGGACUGGCAUUAAGAAGAGCCCCCCUCCCAUCAGUACCCCAAUGUUCUCUGGAAAUGCUUACUUUGUGCUGUCGAGAGAGUUUGUGGAGCACUUGUUUAAAAACCCAGAGGCUAAAGCUUUGAUUGAGUGGGAGAAGGACACAUACAGUCCAGAUGAGCACCUUUGGGCAACUCUUCAGCGAAUGCCAGGUAUGCCAGGGUCCAGCCCUCCCAACAACAAAUACGACAUGUCAGACAUGAACUCCAUAGCCCGUCUAGUGAAGUGGAUUCAUCAUGAAGGAGAUGUAAGGAGGGGGGCAUCUUAUCCCCCAUGCAAUGGAGGAUACAUAAGAGCAGUGUGUGUGUAUGGUGCCGGUGAUCUCAACUGGAUUCUCAGGCAUCAGCAUCUUUUUGCCAACAAAUUUGACCCAGAAGUCGAUGACAAUGCACUUAAGUGCCUCGAGCAUUACUUACGCUAUAAAACUUUAACUGGUCAAUCACUUCAGUCUGCUGAAAAAUCACACAUAAUGAAAAGGUAAUUCAUCAUUCUACCAGAAUUAUGUAUGUGUAUUUAUUUGGUCUAUACGUAAUUGCUUGAAAAUAAGUAUAUAAACUACUUUAUAGCCUACAUGUGAUGCACUUUGGCGCCUAUGAAGCGGAGCUGCGUGCGCAACCUGGGCUGAGUGUGACAUUGAUGAGCGGUGCGCCUCCGCGCCUUGCGCUGAAAAGUUGAGAAUAUUUCAACUUUUAAGCGCACCUAUAAAACGCUAGAAAGAGACGACGCGCGGCGGAUAAAAGGCGCACACGAUAGGCGCGCCGUACCAUAGGAAACAAUGGUUUUCCUAUAGCGUCACAUUUUUAGAAACGCGUUUGGUGUGUUUCGGCCCUCUCCAAGUACAGCGUCAGGUGUCGCUCGACGGGCCCAUCCUCAAUCUCAGUACAGCGUCAAAUUUUCUCGAAUUUGCUCAUGUUCAAAUACGUGCUGUUUUCAAAUCAUCGGGAGUAUCAAAUUAUAUAUAUACAGUAGCCUACACUUGAAAAGGCAAACUUAUCUCAGUCAUGGUUGUUAUUAUGUUUUGGGG